AUGUGGUCAACCCUUACAACUGGUGGUCAGACCUCACGGCCUGCACCCUAUGGCCUAUGUCUGCGGUUUUUGGGAUCAGUUGUGGACUGGGAAGUGGAUCUGUAUCGGCGUAAUCGGGGCCACACUUUCGGCCUCUACGAGACCACUAAACCGGUGCUCUAUCUCACGGAUCCGGACCUCAUUCGGGACGUAUUGGUCAAAGACUUUCACGUAUUUAACAAUCGACGGGACCUGCGCUCUGGUGACAAACUCACCGACAAUAUGAUCGACGUGUUAAGGGAUGACCACUGGAAACGGGUCCGUACGGCGAUGUCGCCCACAUUCUCGUCGGGAAAGCUCAAGAAAAUGCUACCAAUGAUAGUGGACUGUAGGGCCACUUUGAUCGCCAAUCUGGACAAACUGUGCCCAACCGGUAGUAGUGGUGAUCACUCGACAGCACCGGUGGUGGACAUGAAGCGAGUGUUGGGCGCCUACGCCAUGGAAGUGAUAAUUCGGGUGGCCUUCGGCAUUAAAGUGGACGCAAUGUUGGAUCACCCGCUGGUGACAAACGCCCAAAAAGUGUUCGCUAAUGACAACGACUGGCGUCUAGUGGUAGCGAUGGUCGCCCCGAAAGUGGCCGAGUUUUUCGGACUCAAGGCAUACGAUUUCGGCCCCUUUUUUACCGAAUUUACCCGAAAUGUGAUCGAAGAGAGGCUGAAAUCGGUGGCCACUGAUGGCCAGAAACGGGUGGACUUUAUGCAACUGAUGCUCGACUCGACCGAAACGACUGAUCUGUUGGCCGCAGAAGAACAGGAAGAAUACGGCGAGAAGUAUAGAGAAAUACAGUCGACCCGCGAUUUGGCCAAAAAGUUAACCAUCGAUGAACUGAUCUCCCAAUGCGUGGCCUUACAGUUAGCCGGCUAUGAGACAACAGCGGCCUCUAUAUCCAUGUGUGUCCACUAUAUCGCUACCGAUCCGGAUGUCCAGCAAAGACUGUACGCCGAGGCCGUCAAAUACCGUGAAAAAUACUUGACCGAGGACAAUUACGAAGCGUUGGGUGCGUUGCCCUACUUGGAUGCGGUCAUUGCGGAGACCCUCCGGCUGAGUCCGGCCACUGUAUUCUUGGAGCGGUGCCCGAACCGGGACUACCAGUUCCGCGGCGCCGGUAUUACCGUCAAACGGGACGAUAUUGUACACAUCCCGACGUACGCCAUGCAACGGGACGGCCGCCACUUUCCCGAACCCGACCGCUUCCGACCCGAGAGGUUUAUGGCCGACGACGCCAACGGUGGUCAUCACCCGUACGCCUAUUUGCCGUUCGGCGCCGGCCCUCGCAAUUGCGUGGGCAUGCGUUUGGCCCAAAUGGAGAUCAAACUGGCCAUGGUCGUGUUGGUUACUCGGUAUAGGUUUUACCCGUCGGAGGUUAGUAAACCCCCGGUUUGUCACUUCACGGCCGGAAUACUUGUGCCCAAACGGGUGGACGUGAAGAUCCAGAGGCGGCCAUAG